CGGUGCCGGCAGCCGCGGGAGCUGCAGCCGGGAGCGUGCGGCACGCGCCGGCCGGCUGCCCCGAGCACGGUCAGCGGCGCCGCUGCCUCUCGACCUCCGCCCCGCCGAGCCGCGCGCGCGACUGCCCCUCUUCAUUUGCUUCUUACGAUUUUUUUUUUGCACGCAUCCUUUUUCUGUUCCGUUUUGUCCUUUUUAAGGCGGGGGCGGCGGCAGCGUCAGCUCGGGGCGGGGAGGGGGCGGCCGGAGGAUGCGACGCGGGGCUGCGCUCGCUACGCCUGCUGCUGCUGCCCGGCUCGGGCCUGCGCGCCGAGCAGGAUCCCAAGUGAUGGUGGUUUACGCGGAGGACCAGCUGAGCCCAGCGCGACUGGUUAGCACGGCGGAGCUGGUAGCGGCCCCUGCUGGCUGGAAGGCGUGAACGCGGGUUCUCGGCGUCUCAACCCGAGAGGAAGCAUGUCUAAGAAAGGCCGGAGCAAGGGCGAGAAGCCCGAGAUGGAGACGGACGCGGUGCAAAUGGCCAAUGAGGAGCUGCGGGCCAAGUUGACCAGCAUUCAGAUUGAGUUCCAGCAGGAAAAGAGCAAGGUGGGCAAACUGCGCGAGCGGCUGCAGGAGGCCAAGCUGGAGCGCGAGCAGGAGCAGCGGCGGCACACGGCCUACAUCUCGGAGCUCAGGGCCAAGCUGCACGAGGAGAAGACCAAGGAGCUGCAGGCGCUGCGCGAGGUGCUCAUCCGGCAGCACGAGCAGGAGGCGGCGCGCACGGCCAAGAUCAAGGAGGGCGAGCUGCAGCGCCUGCAGGCCACGCUGACCGUGCUGCGCGAUGGCGCGGCCGACAAGGUCAAGACGGCGCUGCUGGCCGAGGCGCGCGAGGAGGCGCGCAGGGCCUUCGACGGCGAGCGCCUGCGGCUGCAGCAGGAGAUCCUGGAGCUCAAGGCGGCGCGCAAGCAGGCCGAGGAGGCGCUCAGCAACUGCAUGCAGGCCGACAAGACCAAGGCGGCCGACCUGCGCGCCGCCUACCAGGCGCACCAGGACGAGGUGCACCGCAUCAAGCGCGAGUGCGAGCGCGACAUCCGCAGGCUGAUGGAUGAGAUCAAAGGGAAAGAUCGUGUGAUUCUAGCCUUGGAGAAGGAACUUGGCGUGCAGACUGGUCAGACCCAGAAGCUGCUGCUUCAGAAAGAGGCUCUGGAUGAGCAGCUGGUCCAGGUCAAAGAGGCUGAGCGGUACCACAGCAGUCCAAAGAGGGAGCUCCCACCUGGGAUAGGGGACAUGGCGGAGCUCAUGGGUAUCCAGGAUCAGCAUAUGGACGAGCGAGAUGUGCGGCGAUUUCAACUAAAAAUUGCUGAACUGAAUUCGGUGAUACGGAAGCUGGAAGACAGAAAUACCCUCUUGGCAGAUGAGAGGAAUGAACUGCUCAAACGCUCCCGUGAGACGGAGGUCCAGCUAAAGCCCCUUGUGGAGAAGAACAAGCGAAUGAACAAGAAGAAUGAGGAUUUGCUGCAGAGCAUCCAGAGGAUGGAGGAGAAAAUCAAGAACCUCACGAGGGAGAACGUGGAAAUGAAGGAAAAGCUGUCGGCCCAGGCGUCUCUGAAGCGGCACACUUCCUUGAACGACCUCAGCCUGACGCGGGACGAGCAGGAGAUCGAGUUCCUGCGGCUGCAGGUGCUGGAGCAGCAGCAUGUCAUCGACGAUCUCUCGCUGGAGAGAGAACGGCUCUUGCGCUCCAAAAGACAACGCGGGAAAAGCCUGAAGCCACCCAAGAAGCAUGUUGUGGAGACAUUUUUUGGAUUUGACGAGGAGUCCGUGGACUCGGAAACAUUGUCAGAAACGUCCUGCAACACAGACAGGACGGACAGAGCCCCCGCCACGCCCGAAGAAGACUUGGACGACACCACAACCAGAGAAGAGGCCGACCUGCGGUUCUGCCAGCUGACCAGGGAGUACCAGGCACUGCAGCGAGCCUACGCCCUGCUGCAGGAGCAGGUCGGCGGGACGCUGGAUGCCGAGAGGGAGGCCCGGACUCGGGAACAGCUACAAGCUGAUCUGCUGAGGUGCCAGGCCAAAAUCGAAGAUUUGGAGAAGCUACUGGUUGAGAAGGGACAGGAUUCCAAGUGGGUCGAGGAGAAGCAGCUGCUCAUCAGAACAAACCAAGACUUGCUGGAAAAGAUUUACAGACUGGAAAUGGAAGAGAACCAGCUGAAGAACGACAUGCAAGACGCCAAGGAUCAGAACGAGCUGUUAGAAUUCCGAGUGCUAGAACUCGAAGUAAGAGACUCUAUCUGUUGUAAACUCUCAAACGGAGCAGACAUUCUCUUUGAGCCCAAACUGAAAUUCAUGUGACGCUCCCAGAUGUUUCCAAGCAUGUGUAAAGGGACGUGUGAUCGUAGUUUUCUUUUUUUUUUUUUUUAAUCUGUAUGUUCAGAGUAAUUUCACUGCCUUAAUAUGUUCUGGAGAGAAUGCUCACAGUCGUCUUUGGACAUGUACCAGAGCUAAUAUAUUUAUUGCCUACGGCUUGUUUUGCACUUAAUAAAAUAAUUUGUUUUUGCAAUA